CUUCCUGUUUUUUUGUCUUACAGAUGAUUCUUUGGGAUUGGGACUUAAAACAAUGGUAUAAACCUCAUCAUCAGAAUGCAUGCAGUGGAACUGAAGUUGAUCUUUCUGUACUAAAUCAGACUCGCAACAUGGUGUCUGAUCUUCUGUCUGAUCCAGUCCUUCCUCCUCAUGUGAUUUCUUCUCUUCAAAGCAUCAGUAACUUGCUAAGCGCUUUCUCAGGUUCAUGCAGGCCAAAGAUUAACCUGUUUACUCCCUUUCCGGGGUUUUAUUCCUGUCCAGAAAUGGAAGACUCACCUGAAAGAGGAGACUGUAAGCUGCACAAGGUACUGAGCAGCCGAAAUAGCUUACCAACGCCGCAGUUAAGGCGAAGUUUAGGAACCUCAAGUUUGCUGCCCAUUGAUCCAGCUUCUAGAUGGGAACGCAAUAAUGGCAAAAGGUCACACCAUGAGUAUAAUCUUUCAAGCCAAGGAUCUUAUCCAAAUGGGCCUAUUGUCAGCACAAACCUGUUGACAAUACCGAAGCAAAGAUCAUCUUCAGUGACCUCAGCAAACAGUGCAGGUUCUAGACGAGCUGGAAUUUCUCAGAAUCUAAGUCCUGGCGUUGGACCCAGUAAUGGAUUUCUCUCCAGUGGGUACCACCGAUCACCUGUAGAAUUUCCUGAUACUACUGAUUUCCUUACUAAACCUAGUAUUAAUGUACAUAAAUCUCUGGGAAGCACAUUUAAUUCUUCAGAUUUUCAGCAACAAUUUAGAACAUCUUCAUGUUAUACCUGUAAUAGUUGCAGACGACAGGUAUUCAACUCUGUUGCAAACUCAUUAUUUGAAUCUGUAGCAGAAUGUCAAAGCCAAAAAUCAGGUGAGGAUGGAAAUAGCAAUGUUUCAAAAGACUCCAGCCAUCUUGCAGAGAAACUGCACAGUGAAAUGGGAGAAGCAAAAAAUCACAGUUGUCAAAUGGAUCAAACUAAGAAUUUUCAGUCUAAUAUUGAGGAGGAUCCUUCAUUAGAGCUGAUGUUAACAGAAAACCACAGUUCAUUAAUAGAGGAAAUGAACAGCUGGAAUUUUCAAAUAUUUGAUCUCGUUCAAAAAAUGGGAGAUAAAUCUAGAAGAAUCCUCAGUCAGGUUGCAUUUACAUUGUUUCAGGACACUGGUUUAUUUGAAAUUUUCAAAAUUCCAAUUCAGCAAUUCAUGAACUACUUUCAAGCACUAGAAAAUGGUUAUCGAGACAUUCCCUAUCACAAUCGAAUACAUGCAACAGAUGUUCUUCAUGCCGUAUGGUAUCUUACAACAAGACCAAUUCCUGGAUUUCAGCAAACAGACAGUGAUUCUGGGACAGGAACCACCAUUGGUAUGUCUGUGGCAUUCUUCCACAAGGAUGCUGUGCCUGAAAGUGAUAUUUCAGCUGGCCAUGUUGCCUAUGUUUCCUCCAAAAGCUGUCCUGUUGUAGAUGAAAGCUAUGGAUAUUUAGCAUCAAAUAUUCCAGCCUUAGAAUUAAUGGCUUUAUAUGUAGCAGCAGCCAUGCAUGAUUAUGAUCAUCCUGGUCGGACAAAUGCUUUUCUGGUAGCAACAAAUGCUCCACAGGCUGUAUUAUACAAUGAUAAAUCAGUUCUAGAAAAUCAUCAUGCAGCCUCUGCAUGGAGUCUCUUCUUAUCUGUACCAGAAUACAAUUUUCUGUCUAAUCUUGAUCAUGUGCAGUUCAAACGAUUUCGAUUCUUAGUGAUUGAAGCAAUCCUUGCAACAGAUCUCAAGAAACAUUUUGAUUUUCUUGCUGAAUUUAAUGCCAAGGUAAACAUGAAUGGACAUGGCAUUGAAUGGAGCAAUGAGAGCGAUCGGCUGUUAAUAUGUCAGAUAUGUAUCAAGCUCGCAGAUAUCAAUGGUCCAGCCAAAGUCAGAGAACUACACCUGAAAUGGACAGAGGGAAUUAUUAAUGAAUUUUAUGAACAGGGAGAUGAAGAAGCAAAUCUGGGGUUACCUGUUAGCCCUUUUAUGAACCGACAUUCUCCUCAACUUGCCAAAUUACAAGAAUCUUUUAUUACCCACAUUGUUGGUCCUCUUUGCAAUUCUUAUGAUGCAGCUGGCUUGCUUCCAGGCCAGUGGGUUGAAAAAGAUGAGAUGGAAAACUCUGAGGAUUAUGAUGCAGAAGAGGAUAGUGAAGAAGAUGAAAUGGAAGAUUUGGGAACAAAACUACAAAGAAGAAAAAGCAGACAGCGAAUAUUUUGUCAACUAAUAUACCAUUUGAAUGAAAAUCAUAAAGUAUGGAAGAAAAUAAUUGAAGAAGAGGAACUAAAUAAACCAGAAGGAAAUAUACAUUCAGAAAAUACCUCCUUAUGUCAAACAGAUGAGAUUCAGGUCAUUGAGGAAGCAGAUGAAGAAGAUGAACGACAUCAAGGACAAGAAAAAACAUUUUAGAAAGACUUCAUAACAGUGUUCUGGACUGCUCCAAGAAUGUAUAUUCUUACCCAUAAUGCUGGCUAUAAAUUGACAGACAUGAGAGAAGUAUGAAAAAUAGUAUACUGAAUAAUGUGAAAGGACAUUUAUUUCUUCAGCAUUAUCACACUUCUAUGCACUUUCACCACAUGGAAAUUAAAAAAAAAAACUUUUAUUCAUAGAUUUACUGAAUACUGCAUUCCAUGAUGAGAACAUGGUGAGAAGAUUUUAUGUUCAGCUUGGUGUUCAAGUACCUUGUUUUGCUGCCUUCCUGAAAGUAACCUGCCUGCCUCUUUAUUAUCAAAAUGGAAUGUACAGUUUGGGGAAAAAAUCAAUAUGAAAUACCCAAGAUACAAGGACAUUCUGUUUUACUGAAGCUCUUGAGACAAAUGCCUAUACGGUUUAAGAACUGGUAUUUUGUUUUUAAUGUGAACCUUAAAAUCACUGUGCCUGUCAAUAUUCAGUUCCCAUCAAUUUAAUUUGCAAGAGUUUUAUUAACAAAGUUAUUGGAUUGAUUUAACCAUUAGAUGACUGCAACCAGAAUGCCGGGUUCUGGGUUCUUUAUGGUUAAAACUGAAUUCCUUCUGCAUCUGUUUGAUGCUUUUUUUUACUGUGGUAAAUAACCUGCCAUUUUAUUUUUCUAAAAAUGUACAGGUUUCCAAUGAGUAUUCAGGCUGAUUUGCUAAGUACAUCCCUGUUGCCUUUUUCUCAUUGUUCUGCAAUAGAACAUACAAGCUAUUUAACUAUUUUAAUAAUUACGAGAUUUUAUUCUUUUAGUCAAUGUUAUAAAUAUGUUCCACUCUUUCUCAGGAUUCAGGUUUAAAAACAUGGCACAGCAGAUUUUAUAUUUACAGACUUAUGCUAAUGCUAGAUGGUCAUUAAAAAUUGACUUUCACUCUGUAUGUAACCUUCAUAAAAAUUAAAAGAUGGUUUUCUAUAAACAAAUGUUCUAAACUCCAUUUUAAUUGCUUUACAUAGAGUCUGACAUAUAAGAAAUAUUAUUGAAUGAAAAUUUAAUGGGACAACCUUUGAAAGAAACAUUACUAUAUUCUCAUAAAAUCUAUU